AUGGAGACGAAAAUUGAGCAAUUCAUUUUGCCACUGAAUCAUAAUAAAUACAAGGGAGAAUAUUUUGCCAAGGAAGCCCCUAUAACCUUGCUUUCUGUUUUCUGCACAGCAUGUGAUAGUUACCACUGGGGACCCCAUUGCAGUAGUCGCUGCCAGUGUAAAAAUGGAGCUUUGUGUAAUCCCAUCACUGGAGCCUGCCACUGUACUGCAGGAUUCAAGGGAUGGCGCUGUGAGGAACAUUGUGACCAAGACACAUAUGGAAAUGAUUGCCACCAAAAAUGCCAGUGUCAGCAUGGAGCCACCUGUGAUCACGUCACUGGAGAAUGCAGAUGUCCCCCUGGAUAUACUGGAGCUUUCUGUGAGGAUCUUUGUCCACCUGGCAAGCAUGGACCACAGUGUGAAGAAAGAUGCCCAUGCCAGAAUGGAGGAGUAUGUCAUCAUGUAACAGGAGAGUGUGCCUGUCCUCCUGGAUGGAUGGGCACAGUCUGUGGUCAGCCUUGCCCGGAAGGACGUUAUGGAAAGAAUUGCUCCCAAGAAUGUCAGUGCCACAAUGGAGGGACAUGUGAUUUAGCAACCGGUCAGUGUCAUUGCAGCCCAGGGUACACAGGAGAACGGUGUCAGGAUGAAUGUCCAGUUGGAACUUUUGGAAUACAGUGUGCAGAGAUCUGCCAAUGCAUGAAUGGUGGAAAAUGCUAUCAUGUUAGCGGCGAAUGUCUUUGUGAGCCAGGAUUUACAGGAGAACACUGUGAAACAAGGCUGUGUGCUGAAGUAGUCUAUGGUCUUAAAUGUGACAAAAGAUGUCCCUGUCAUUUGCCAAAUACUCACAGCUGCCACCCAAUGUCUGGAGAGUGUUCUUGCAAGGCUGGCUGGUCUGGGCUCUCUUGUAACGAAACCUGUUCUCCAGGAUUCUAUGGUGAAUCUUGUCAACAAAUCUGCAGUUGCCGAAAUGGUGCUGACUGUGACAGCGUGACUGGAAAAUGCAUUUGUGCCCCAGGAUUUAAGGGUCCUGAUUGUUCUAUUCCUUGUCCUGUUGGAACAUAUGGAAUAAAAUGUUCAUCUAUGUGCAACUGCAAAAAUGAGGCUGGCUGUUCCCCAGUGGAUGGUUCUUGUGUCUGCAAAGCUGGUUGGCAUGGAGUGGAUUGCUCUAUAAAUUGUCCUAGUGGGACAUGGGGUCUUGGCUGUAAUUUAACAUGUCAGUGCCUUAAUGGAGGAGCGUGCAAUAUUCUGGAUGGAACCUGCACCUGUGCUCCAGGUUGGAGAGGAGAAAAAUGUGAAUACUCCUGUCAGGAUGGCACAUAUGGCCUGGACUGUUCAGAGCGCUGUGACUGCAGCCAUGCAGAUGGAUGUCACCCAGUAACUGGUUAUUGCCGUUGCCUCCCAGGAUGGUCAGGUAUGCAUUGUGACAGUGUAUGCGCUGAAGGGCAUUGGGGUCCAAACUGUUCAUUGUCCUGUUACUGUAAAAAUGGAGCAUCAUGUUCUCCAGAUGAAGGAAUCUGUGAGUGUGCACCUGGCUACAGGGGUACUACUUGUCAACGAAUUUGUUCUCCAGGAUUUUAUGGUCAUCGCUGUAACCAGGCAUGCCCCCAAUGUGUUCACAGCAGUGGCCCAUGCCAUCAUGUGACAGGACUAUGUGAUUGUUUACCUGGUUUUACUGGAGCUCUCUGUAAUGAAGUUUGUCCCAGUGGCAGGUUUGGAAAGAACUGUGCAGGAGUUUGCACGUGCACUAACAAUGGAACUUGUAAUCCAAUUGACAAAUCCUGUCAAUGUUAUCCUGGCUGGAUUGGUAGUGAUUGUUCCCAGCCUUGCCCUCCUUCCCAUUGGGGCCCAAACUGUAUUCAUACAUGCAAUUGCCACAAUGGAGCUCACUGUAGUGCUUAUGAUGGAGAGUGCAAAUGUACACCAGGAUGGACUGGCCUUUAUUGCACACAAAGAUGUCCACUGGGGUUUUAUGGGAAAGACUGUGCAUUAAUCUGCCAGUGUGAGAACGGAGCUGAUUGUGAUCACAUCUCAGGCCAAUGUACAUGUCGAACAGGAUUCAUGGGAAAACACUGUGAACAGAAGUGUCCCCCAGGUACCUAUGGCUAUGGUUGUCGGCAAAUAUGUGACUGCCUGAACAACUCAACUUGUGACCAUAUCACUGGAACCUGUUAUUGUAGCCCUGGCUGGAAAGGAGCAAGAUGUGACCAAGCAGGGGUAAUCAUUGUAGGAAACUUGAACAGUUUAAGCCGUACUAGCGCUGCCAUCCCAGCUGAUUCUUACCAGAUUGGAGCCAUUGCUGGAAUCAUAAUUCUUGUCCUUGUCGUCCUUUUCCUGCUUGCUUUGUUCAUUAUUUAUAGACAAAAGCAGAAAGGGAAAGAAACAAAUAUGCCAGCAGUCACCUAUACACCUGCCGUGAGGGUUAUCAAUGCAGAUUAUACAAUUUCAGAAACCAUUUCUCAUAGUAAUGGUGGAAACACUAAUAGUCACUACUUCUCCAACCCCAGCUAUCACACUCUAACACAGUGCUCAAAUACAGCAAAUACCAACAACAUGAAUAGGAUGACUCUGUCAAAGUCAAACAAGAACCAGCUGUUUGUGAAUCUUAAAAACGUGGACCCUCAAAAGCAAGCCCCUGUCAUGGAUUACACAGGGACGUUGCCUGCUGACUGGAAGCAUGGAGGCUACCACAAUGAACUAGGGGCUUUUGGAAUUGACAGAGGUUGUAUGGGGAAAUCCUUGAAAGAUCUAAUAAAGAAUUCUGAAUAUAAUUUAAGUAACUGUUCCUUAAGUAGCUCUGAAAAUCCAUAUGCUACUAUUAAAGAUCCACCAGCACUUAUGCCAAAACAUUCAGAAUGUGGAUACGUUGAAAUGAAGUCACCAGCACACAGGGAUUCUGCCUAUGCAGAAAUUAAUAACUCUGUUUCAUCUAACAGAAAUGUAUAUGAAGUUGAACCAACAGUUAGUGUUGUCCAAGGCGUUUUAAGUAAUAAUGGACCUAUCAGCCAAGGUCUUUAUGAUUUACCAAAAAACAGCCACAUCCCUUGCCACUAUGACCUGCUGCCUCCUCGGGAUAGUCCUGCAUCUUCAGACAAAGAUGAAAACAGUGAAUGA